UGCCGCCACCACUUUCAGUGCCCUUGAAAUGUCAUUGUGUAUCUAAUCGCAGAACUUGAGCUUUUAUCAUAUUUUUUCGUCGAGUAAAUUGUUUUAGCUCAUUUGAGUUAUUGAAGCCAGUAAAGUUACGUGUAUUAUGAUUGCGGUGGCAAGUUCGGUCGUGCAAACUGUGGUUUUCGAAGGUCAAAAGCCGGGUACCUCUGGACUUCGAAAAGCCGUUACUGUUUUCCAACAGGAACAUUAUACGGAAAAUUUCAUCCAAGCUAUUCUUGAUGCUGUGGGAAAGGACUUAGCUGGAUCUACUCUUGUUGUUGGAGGUGACGGGCGUUUUUAUGGAAAAGCAGUCGUUUCCAAAAUCAUCAGAAUCGCUGCUGCUAAUGGGGUUGGGAAACUGUUAGUGGGUCAAAAUGGAAUUUUAUCGACUCCAGCCGUAUCCACAAUCAUCAGAAAAUAUAAAACCCUAGGCGGAAUUGUUUUAACAGCUUCUCACAAUCCUGGUGGACCCAAUGGAGAUUUUGGAAUCAAGUAUAAUUGCGAAAAUGGAGGUCCAGCACCAGAUGCUGUCACGAAUAAAAUAUUCGAAAUAACGAAGACUAUAAAGCAAUAUAAAACCAUACCCGAAGUUCCCAUAGAUAUUGAUAAAAUCCAGACCGUUACUUUGCAAGUAGACGGUCGUUCUUUCACCGUUGAAAUAAUUGACUCUGUCAAGGAUUACGUUGACCUCAUGAAGGAAAUUUUUGACUUCUCUAGUAUCAAAAAAAAAUUACUUGGAAGUCCAGAACGUCCUGCUUUCGAAGUCCUGAUUAACUCUAUGAACGGAGUGACGGGGCCAUACGUGAAGGAUAUUUUCGAGAAAGAGCUGGGAGUGAAGAACUUAAAUUUAAUAAACACAACACCCCUCGAAGACUUUGGAGGAUUGCAUCCUGAUCCUAAUUUAACUUACGCAGAAGAUUUGGUGAAUGCGGUUAAAAAUGGACCUUUUGACUUUGGUGCUGCAUUUGAUGGGGAUGGUGACAGAAAUAUGAUUAUUGGAAAGAAAGCAUUUUUUGUUACACCUUCUGAUUCUCUGGCGGUACUCGCGAAUAAUUUGAAAGUCAUCCCCUAUUUCCAAAAAACUGGAGUAAGAGGAUAUGCUCGUUCAAUGCCAACUGGAGCUGCAGUUGAUAGGGUUGCUACAAAAACUGGAAUUAAUUGCUUCCAAGUACCGACUGGAUGGAAAUACUUCGGUAAUUUGAUGGAUGCUGGUCGUCUGUCGCUCUGUGGAGAAGAAAGUUUCGGAACAGGUUCGGACCACAUUCGUGAAAAAGAUGGAAUUUGGGCCGCACUUGCCUGGUUAAGUGUUGUUGCAAGUUUGGGAAAAUCCGUUGAAGAAAUUCUCAUGGAUCAUUGGAGGAUUUACGGAAGGAACUUCUUCACGAGAUACGAUUAUGAAAAUUGCAACGCCGAAUCUGCAAACAAAAUGAUCAAAGAGGUAGAAGAUAAAAUAGAGAGUCCACAAUUCAUUGGUAGAAUAUUGUCGUCCCAGAACAAGGAGUAUGUCGUUAAAGAAGCUGACAAUUAUUCAUAUAAAGAUCCGGUUGAUAAUAGCGUCGCAGACAAACAGGGUUUGCGAAUUUUGUUCGAGGACGGUUCUCGAAUUAUUUACCGGCUUUCGGGAACCGGUAGUUCAGGGGCAACGAUUAGAGUAUACAUAGAAAGUUACGAAUCGGAUCCGUCAACAUUUACUGAAGACGCGCAAAAAGUACUGAAGCCAUUGGUUGAAAUUGCUUUGCAGUUAAGCAAAUUGAAAGAGUACACUGGCAGGGAAGCACCAACCGUGAUUACGUAAAAAUUUCUUCGAUUUUAUCAUUUCCAAGGUUCAUCAGUUCCUCAAUGGAAAGCGCACACAAUGAACUAUAUUUAAAAAAUGUAUUUUAAUAUUUAUCAUGACCUAUAUUUUACUAUUCGUUACAAAAGAUAUAUUAUUCUACGAGAUGUUAUAAUAAACCUUAUUUUCUUUUGAAAGAGGCUAUUUUUGUUGUAAGAAAGUUUCAGAGAAUUGUUCAAUUGAUCUGCGCUUGUCUAGUCUUAUAUAAGUUGAUAUUCUUAAUAAUAAAAUAAUUUGUAAACGAAAAA